AUGGUUGAAUCUGAAAAAAUCAAAGUCAAGAACCCCAUUGUUGAAAUGGACGGUGAUGAAAUGACAAGAAUCAUCUGGCAAUUCAUCAAAGACAAAUUGAUCUUGCCAUACUUGGACGUUGAUUUGAAAUACUACGAUUUGAGUAUUGAAUACAGAGAUCAAACAAAUGACAAGGUUACAACUGAUGCUGCUGAAGCUAUCUUGAAGUACGGUGUUGGCGUUAAAUGUGCCACUAUUACCCCGGAUGAACAAAGAGUUAAAGAAUUCAACUUGAAAAAAAUGUGGCUUUCCCCAAAUGGUACAUUGAGAAAUAUUCUUGGUGGUACGGUGUUUAGAGAACCAAUCGUUAUUGACAACAUUCCAAGAAUUGUACCUUCAUGGGAACAACCAAUUAUCAUUGGAAGACACGCUUUUGGUGACCAAUACAAGGCUACUGAUAUAGUUGUCCCUCAAGCAGGUGAAUUGAAAUUGGUUUACACCCCAAAGGAUGGUGGUGAGCCAGUUGAAUAUCCAGUGUAUGACUUCAAAGGACCUGGUGUUGGUUUGGCUAUGUACAACACUGACGAAUCGAUCACCGAUUUUGCCCUCAGUUCCUUCAGAUUAGCAAUUGAGCGUAAAAUGAACUUGUUUUCGUCCACCAAAAACACCAUUUUGAAGAAAUACGACGGUAGAUUCAAGGAUAUUUUUGAAAACUUGUAUGCUACCAAAUUCAAGCCAGAAAUGGAUAAAUUGGGAAUCUGGUAUGAACACAGAUUGAUCGACGAUAUGGUUGCACAAAUGUUGAAAUCAAAAGGUGGAUAUAUCAUUGCUAUGAAGAAUUACGAUGGUGAUGUUCAAUCCGAUAUCGUUGCUCAAGGAUUUGGUUCUUUGGGUUUAAUGACCUCGGUUUUGACAACUCCAGAUGGAAAAGCAUUUGAAGCUGAAGCUGCACAUGGUACAGUGACUAGGCAUUAUAGACAACACCAACAAGGUAAAGAAACCUCCACUAACUCCAUUGCAUCCAUUUACGCGUGGACUAGAGGAUUGAUCCAAAGAGGUAAAUUGGAUGACACUCCGGAUGUUGUCGACUUUGCCAACAAUUUGGAGAAGGCUGUUAUUGAUACUGUGUCCAAAGAUCACAAAAUGACUAAAGAUUUGGCAUUGGCACAAGGCAAAACCGACAGAUUAAGCUAUGUCACAACUGAAGAAUUUAUUGAUGCUGUAGCAGACAGGUUAAGAAAAAACUUGGGACGCUCUAAAAUCUAA